AUGACCAAACUAAUUGGACUAAUAUUUUCCAUAAUUUUAAUAAUAAUAAAUGUCUCAAUUUUCGAAGCCGUCCUAUCAAGAAAAUACAAAAAUCGGUCGCCAUUGUACCGAAAUAAAUUUACGCUUCGUUCCGCAACUCCAAGUUCUGAUAAAACAUGGGAUAAUUGGGCUGGAAAUAUCCAUUUGGCGCCUGAAGCAAUUUUCAAGCCAACCACGCUCACUGACCUUCAAGACAUCGUGGACCUGGCAAGAAUGAAUGGGAAAACGAUUCGGUGUGCCGCUCAGGGACAUACCUUUAGUUCGUUGUCAGUGACAAAGAAAUAUUUGGUGAUAGUUAAUAAUUUAAAUAAUGUUCAAAUUCUGCAGGACAAAAAUUAUGGUUGGGUCGUUACUGCGGAAGCUGGCACUUCAAUAAACGAAAUCGAUAACGCCCUACGAACCAACAACCCGCCGUUGGCCCUUUCAUCAGCAGUUACGCCAGACUACUUUAGAGCUGCGGGUGUUGUUGCAACUGGGUCACAUGGCGCAAAAACCACAUUAAGCAUCAUGUCUGAUCAAGUUGUUUCAAUGACGAUUGUUGCCGCCGAUGGCAAACUGUACGAGUUCUGCAACACAACGAAUGCUUUUGAAAUGGAUGCCGCCAGACUUAACUUGGGCUUAUUUGGUAUCAUUUAUUCUGUGACCUUCCGCACGGAGCCAAUGUUUAAUCUUCGUAUGACAGAUACUACUCCGUUAGCCAAAGAUUUCCUUGUUCCAUCUGCCAUCAAGCAGUUGUUUGAAUCUUCGGACAGUCUUCAUAUCUUUUAUUGGCCAUUCAACUCAUAUGACCCAAAAGAAUCGCAACCACUUGAUCCGACCAAGGAUAAAAUGUGGAUAAAACAAUGGGUGCGAACCGACGAAAAGCCAACUCUUUCCCAAGAAGAACUUACUGCCAUACAUGCUCUUCGAAAUGAUUCUGCUUUACAUGCGAAUUAUAUAUAUCAGGUUAUGCUUGAAAAUCCAGAAACUACUCCAAUCGUUACUUCAUCACUCUGGCGUGAGGGGCCCGGAUUAUCAGAGUACAGCCUUGUACUUCAGGCUCCCGACGCGAUCCAUUUUUUGUCCUCCGAUGCAAAAAAUAUACCGUCAGAUUUAUUUGCAUUCGGAUUCAAAGUUGAUAAAGAUUUUAAGAAUUUUGUUGAGGAACAUCAGGCUGUCAUCGAUGCGACUUACGCGGCUGCAGCACAAAAUUCUUUCCCAUUUAACUUGGUUCUCGAAACACGAAUCAUAAGAUCUUCGCAUUCUUUACUCGCGCCUAACUUCGACACAGAUCCAAAUGCUAUUUACUGCAUCAUGGAUUUGACCACUUAUCGUUAUACAUCUGGUUUCCAAACUUUCGCUUCAUCGUUUGCACAGAGAUGGAUCCAAAAAUAUAACGCGAAACCCCAUUGGGCCAAAGAAUGGGAAUUUGUGCCUAAUAUAAUAUCGUAUCUUUCCCAAGCUCACAAAAAGCAAAUCAAAAUCUUUGAGAAAAUACGUGAAAAAUAUGAUCCAGACAAGCUGUUCUUUGAUAAUGAGUCAUUGCAAGAAAUUUUCGAUGGUGCUCUCACUGAAUAA